AUUAAAUUUAAUUAAAAUUCGUAUGCUGUUAAUGAAAUGGUAUUCAGUGCUAUGUUAUAUACGGGCAAUAUCCCCGGUGGUUUCAAACAGCAACAAGAGCACCAACAACAGCAGCAACAACAACAACAGCAAUUAGACCAACAAAAUCACUUACCAAAUCAACUCAAUGCGAACACACCUGAUGUGUUAAAUAAUACCCCACAUAAGCAAAAUAGUGUUCAUCGUAUUAAACUAAUCGAUGAUAAUUCAAUAAAUAAUCAUUUAUCUAAUAGCGAAAACGUAACAAAUAAAUUUGUUAAUAAUACCACGUCAGCACAUCCGUCGCCAAUAACAGGCUACUAUGGUUUAGGUAUACCAAAGUCGCCAUCAUUUCAUAGUGGUCUUGACUUAUUGGCAGACGACGACGGUGACGGUUACGGUGACGGUGACAGUGACGGCAAAAACUACGAAGAUCACAACGACGACAUCAGCUCUGUUGCAAACGUGACAUCCAAUAAAAAACCAACAGAGAUAAAAAGUCAAAACAAAAGUGAAACCUCCUGUCAAGUGUUAAGUAAAAGUACACCACCAAUAACAUCAACAACAUUUAAUACAAAUAGUCUAAAAUUUAAAUUUACAAAUAUUGAAAUACUUAAAGCUAAAUUUUCAAUUGGUGAUCACAACAAAAUGCCACCAUUGCAUCAACAACAACAACAGCAGCAGCAGCAGCAAUCACAAUUUAAAAUCGAUGGUAAUCGUACUAAUAUAGGCAGCAAUAUAGGUUCUGUAUCUACCUCUGGGAAUGGAACUAAUUCUGCUUCUACAUCAACUUCUGCGAUAAUAGUAACAAAUAAUUUAUCAUCAACAUCAUCAUCGGCACCGUCUUCAACAUCAACAUAUAAACAGAUUGCAUUGGCUUCUAAUACAGUUACCAAUUGCAUUAACGUCACCACUUCUACUAAUGCGACUACAAACUCAUCGAUUGUCUCCACAUUAGCACAACAUUUUUCAGCCGCAACAUCAGCAACUUCAUUACUUUCAACAGCCGCUUCCUCAUCAAUAAGUGCUAACAAUAAGUCACCAGUGAGUGCUGCUGCAGCCAUAAAAAAUAUCUUAAACGCCACGAAAAGUGUUGGGAGCACGGCAGCUACAGCAGCCAAUGCAGUUUACAACAUAAACAGCGGCGGAAAUGUCAACAAUCAAGGACAAACACCCGCAACAAUGUCAGCACUAACUAGUAAUGCUAUCGGCGUAAGCUCCAAUUCAGUAGCACAAAAUAUCGUUGGCAACAUAAGCAUAUCACUGGGCAUUGGUAGUGCUACAGGCGGUAAUUGUGGCAAUGGAGUACCAACCACAACUGCUGCAACAAAACUAAAUAAUUCAACAAAUCUAACAUAUCAAAAUGGCACUGACGGUACAAUCAAUGCCGCCACUAUAAAUGGCAGUAACGGUGGUAUCGGUAUCGCCGGGGGUACUGGAAUUCUAACACCGCAGACAUUACAGCAAAUCACCGGAAGUCCUGGGCGUGCCCGCGAUCGUAAUUUAUAUCAUGUACCGACAACAUCGGCUGCGGUUUCAUUACCACUUUUAAGAGAAACACCUGCGAAUGAACGUGAAGAACUUUUUAUCCAAAAGUUAAAACAAUGCUGUACACUCUUCGAUUUUUCCGAACCAUUGAGCGACUUAAAAUGGAAGGAAGUAAAAAGAGCUGCAUUGCACGAAAUGGUAGAAUAUCUAUCAAAUCAAAAUGGCGUUAUAACAGAGGCAAUUUAUCCAGAAGCAAUCAAUAUGUUCGCAGUUAAUUUAUUUAGAACAUUACCGCCAUCAUCAAAUCCAAAUGGCGCAGAAUUUGAUCCUGAAGAAGAUGAACCAACUUUAGAGUCAUCAUGGCCACAUCUACAAUUUGUUUAUGAAUUAUUUUUGCGUUUCCUAGAGUCGCCAGAUUUUCAGCCAAACAUAGCUAAGCGAUUUAUUGAUCAUCAGUUUGUUUUGCAAUUGCUAGAUCUUUUUGAUUCAGAAGAUCCUCGUGAACGGGACUUCUUAAAGACUGUUCUUCAUCGUAUCUACGGAAAAUUUCUUGGCUUAAGGGCAUUUAUUAGAAAACAAAUAAAUAAUGUUUUUUAUAGAUUUAUUUACGAAACCGAACAUCAUAACGGUAUUGCUGAACUUCUAGAAAUUCUAGGUAGUAUUAUUAAUGGCUUCGCUUUACCUCUAAAAGAAGAGCACAAACAAUUUUUACUCAAAGUACUUUUACCGCUGCAUAAAGCAAAAAGUUUAUCAGUGUAUCAUCCCCAGUUGACAUAUUGUGUGGUGCAAUUCUUGGAGAAAGAUCCAAGUCUAUCAGAGCCAGUUAUAAAGAGCCUGCUGAAAUUUUGGCCAAAAACCCAUAGUCCCAAGGAAGUAAUGUUUUUAAAUGAAUUGGAAGAGUUACUUGAUGUUAUUGAACCUGCUGAAUUUCAAAAAGUUAUGGUGCCGCUAUUUGGACAGAUUGCAAAGUGUGUCUCUUCACCACAUUUUCAAGUUGCUGAAAGAGCGCUCUACUAUUGGAAUAAUGAAUAUAUUAUGUCAUUAAUUGCGGACAACUCACAGGUUAUAUUACCAAUAAUGUUUCCGGCGCUAAAUCACAAUUCCAAAACACAUUGGAAUAAAACAAUACACGGACUGAUUUAUAAUGCUUUAAAGUUAUUUAUGGAAAUGAAUCAGCGAUUGUUUGAUGAAUGCAGUAAAAACUAUAGGCAGGAUAAACAAAUGGAGCACGAAAAACGGUCACAACGUGAUGAACUGUGGCAACAAGUUGAAAAUUUAGCUAAAAAUAAUCCAGAAUGGCCAAAAUUAUGCGGUCAAUUGGAUAAUUUAAGUAUUUCAAGUAGUCAAAAUGAGUUCGAUCAAUAUAACGAGAAUUGUGAUUUAACAUAUAAUAAAAUGGAACAAGAAACUAGACAGCAGCAAGCACCGCAGGAAGUAAGAGAGGUGAGUAACAACGCAAUCAUAUAUAAUAUUUUAUAAGGCUAAACGUAUUUU